UCGCAUCAUAUAUAAAGUCGCCAUUGAAGUGAAGCUGAGAUCUUUUCGAAGAGCGGAAGCUAAGGAGAGGCGAAUUCGAAUCGAGAAGAUGGUGUCUGGGUCAGGGAUAUGUUCAAAGCGUGUCGUUGUUGACGCACGUCACCAUAUGUGUGGUCGUCUUGCUUCGAUCAUAGCUAAAGAGUUGCUCAAUGGACAGAGUGUUGUUGUUGUCCGAUGUGAGGAGAUUUGUUUGUCUGGUGGUUUGGUUCGUCAGAAGAUGAAGUACAUGAGGUUUCUUAGGAAACGCAUGAACACUAAACCUUCUCAUGGUCCUAUUCAUUUCCGUGCUCCGUCUAAGAUCUUCUGGCGUACCGUUCGUGGGAUGAUUCCACACAAGACCAAGCGUGGUGCUGCUGCUCUUGCACGUUUGAAGGUGUUUGAGGGAGUACCACCUCCUUAUGACAAGGUCAAGAGAAUGGUCAUUCCUGAUGCUCUCAAGGUGUUGAGGCUUCAGGCUGGUCACAAGUACUGCUUGUUGGGACGUUUGUCUUCUGAAGUUGGCUGGAACCAUUACGAUACCAUCAAGGAGCUUGAGGUGAAGAGAAAGGAGAGGUCACAAGCUUUGUAUGAGCGUAAGAAGCAACUCACCAAGCUCAGGGCAAAGGCCGAGAAGGUUGCAGAGGAGAAACUUGGAUCCCAGCUCGAUGUUCUUGCAUCGAUCAAGUACUGAAGAAAAUCAGCAUCUAUCUUUUGGUUUAACUCUUGUUUUGGUUUUUAUCUAUUCAGAUUUUGUUUUCUUCCUUGUAUCACUGUUGAAGUUUAUCACCUCAUUUCAGUUUUAUUUAUCAGUUGAUACUUCAAUCCUUAGGGAUGAGUUCUAUAACUUCUAAGCGUCCCAAUUAUGUUAAUCUUCUACAAAUAUUCUUCAAUCCAAAUUCACUAUAUGGCAUGACAGUUGACUAAGGAACUAACAAAAUUCUCUUCUUCUUCAGGCUAGUUUGUGUAAUUCUUAAGAUUUUACUGGAGAUAUUAUAUCAAA